AGAGAGAGAGAGAGAGUGAGAGGGGAGACCCAAUUUUGGGUUUUGUCUCACCAUGCCAUUGAAAUCCAUCAGUUCCUUCGUCAUCUCACUAAUGUUAGGUUUUGCACUUCUCAUCCUGUUCUUCUCUGGCUUCUUUGAAUACCCAUCUGUCUCUUCUUCAAUCCCAUCAGCCAAGGAUUCAAUCUUGACCUCUAAAUCCACAACAGACCCAUUCAAAGACUUGUUGGGUGCUUUCAAGAAAUGGGACUCUCAAGUGGGUUGUUCUCAAUUUAGAGAGAAAUAUAAAGGGUCGUUGAGAAGGGGAUCGAACUUAUCCUAUUCUUCUUCUUCUUUGCAAGAUGCUCAUGGUGAAUUGGACUGUAACGAGUUGAAGAUGAAUCAUGUGAGUGUUUUGGUUAAAGGGUGGACUUGGAUUCCUGACAAUUUGGAUAAUUUGUAUUCUUGUCGAUGUGGAUUGAGCUGUUUGUGGACUAAAUCUUCAGUUCUUGCUGAUAAACCCGAUGCUUUGGUGUUUGAGACGACAACACCACCACUUCAGGGAGAUGCACCAUUGAUUGAGAAAGGAUGUAUAGUGAGCUGA